GAGGCAAUCACGUGACCUCACAUCCGGCGCGGGAGUCCUGAGCUCGCGGGGCGCUCCCCGUGUGCCCGCCGGCCCUCCCCGCAGCGUGACCGGGCGCCGUGGCCGCGGGGAGGGGGUCCGCUUCGUCGCCGACGGCGGGAGACCGCUUCGCAGCACAGACCGUCCUCCUCCCCUGCCGGUCUUCCGCGCCGCGCUCCCUUGUUCUCGCCCUGCCCGGCUGCACGCCGCCGCCGCCGCCGCCCCGGGCGCCGACAGCGGAGCGCGGACGCCCCUGAGCCCGGUGCGGCCCGGGCCCCGCCGCGGCGCCUCUGUUCCCACAGCCGGAGCCGCGACGCGUGGCGGCGGACCCUCGAGCCCGAGCGACCCGCGGCCGCCGGCGCCGGCCGUGGGUGAUGGGGCUGGGCUGAGGAGAGGCGGCGGCGGUGGCGAAAGCGGCCCCCCGGCCCCCUGCGGCCUUUUGGCUGCCCGGGCCGGGAGGCCGCGGAGAAGGCGGCACGGCGGCGCGGCUGGUCUGACAGAAGCACCCUAGGAUCUUGGUGUCUGGAUACAUAAGAGUUAUCUUCACCUGUUGUGUGAAGCAUAGCACCUUUCAAGCCACUGUAGAAAUGGACAAAGAAGAAAGGAAGACUAUCAACAAGGGUCAAGAAGAUGAAAUGGAGAUACAUGGCUAUAACUUAUGCCGCUGGAAGCUUGCCAUGGUUUUUGUAGGAGUGAUUUGUACUGGUGGUUUUCUCCUCCUCCUCCUCUACUGGCUGCCUGAGUGGCGAGUGAAAGCCACAUGUGUUAGAGCUGCAGUUAAAGACUGUGAAGUGGUGCUUCUCAGGACAACUGAUGAAUUUAGAGUAUGGUUUUGUGCAAAAAUUCACUUUCUUCCUGUGGAGAAUCAACCAAAUUUGAAUGCAAAAUGUUUAGUUAAUGAGGUUUCUAAUGGCCAUGCUGUUCAUCUGACUGAAGAAAAUAGAUGCGAGAUGAAUAAAUACUCACAGAGUCAGUCACAACAGAUGCGUUAUUUUACCCACCAUAGCAUAAGAUAUUUCUGGAAUGAUGCCAUUCACAAUUUUGAUUUCUUAAAAAAGUUGAUUUAUGGAGUAAAUGAAAUUGCUGUGAAAGUGCCUUCUGUUUUUAAGCUUCUAAUUAAAGAGGUUCUCAACCCAUUUUACAUUUUCCAGCUCUUCAGUGUUAUCCUGUGGAGCGUUGAUGAGUACUAUUACUAUGCUCUAGCCAUUGUGAUCAUGUCCGUAGUAUCCAUUAUAAGUUCACUAUAUUCCAUUAGAAAGCAAUAUGUUAUGUUACAUGACAUGGUGGCAACUCACAGUACCGUGAGAGUUUCAGUCUGUAGAGAAAAUGAAGAAAUAGAAGAGAUCUUUUCUACAGACCUUGUGCCGGGAGACGUCAUGAUCAUUCCAUUAAAUGGGACAGUCAUGCCUUGUGAUGCAGUACUUAUUAAUGGUACUUGCAUUGUAAAUGAAAGCAUGUUAACAGGAGAAAGUGUUCCAGUGACAAAGACUAAUUUGCCAAAUCCUUCAGUGGAUGUGAAAGGAAUGGGGGAGGAGCAGUACAGCCCAGAGACACACAAGCGGCACACUUUGUUUUGUGGGACGACUGUUAUUCAGACCCGUUUCUACACUGGAGAACUUGUGAAAGCCAUAGUAGUUAGAACAGGAUUUAGUACUUCCAAAGGACAGCUUGUUCGUUCUAUACUGUAUCCCAAGCCAACUGACUUUAAACUCUAUAGAGAUGCCUACUUGUUUCUGCUGUGUCUUGUGGUGGUGGCUGGAAUUGGAUUUAUCUACACAAUCAUCAAUAGCAUCCUAAAUGAGAAAGAAGUUCAAGAAAUAAUUAUUAAGUCUCUUGAUAUCAUUACAAUUACUGUGCCACCUGCUCUUCCUGCUGCAAUGACUGCUGGGAUUGUGUAUGCUCAGAGAAGACUGAAAAAAGUUGGGAUUUUCUGUAUUAGUCCCCAGAGGAUAAACAUCUGUGGACAGCUGAACCUUGUUUGCUUUGACAAGACUGGAACUCUUACCGAAGAUGGUUUAGAUCUGUGGGGAAUUCAGCGAGUGGAAAAUACCCGAUUUCUUUUACCAGAAGACAAUGUUUGCAGUGAGAUGUUGGUAAAAUCUCAAUUUGUUGCUUGUAUGGCUACUUGUCAUUCACUUACAAAAAUCGAAGGUGUACUUUCUGGUGACCCACUUGAUUUGAAAAUGUUUGAAGCCAUUGGAUGGAUUCUGGAAGAAGCAACUGAAGAAGAAACAGCACUUCAUAACCGGAUCAUGCCUACUGUGGUUCGUCCUUCCAAACAACUGCUUCCUGAACCUACAACUGCAGGAAACCAAGAAAUGGAGCUGUUUGAACUUCCAGCUAUUUAUGAGAUAGGAAUUGUUCGCCAGUUUCCAUUUUCUUCUGCCUUGCAACGGAUGAGUGUGGUUGCAAGGACACUAGGUGAGAAGAGGAUGGAUGCCUACAUGAAGGGGGCCCCUGAGGUUGUCGCCAGUCUCUGCAAACCGGAAACAGUUCCAGUUGAUUUUGAGAAAGUGUUAGAAGAUUAUACCAAACAAGGUUUCCGUGUAAUUGCUCUUGCACACAGAAAAUUGGAGUCAAAGCUGACCUGGCAUAAAGUACAGCAUAUUAGCAGAGAUGCCAUUGAAAACAACAUGGAUUUUAUGGGAUUGAUUAUAAUGCAGAACAAAUUGAAGCAGGAAACCCCUGCAGUACUUGAAGAUUUGCAUAAAGCCAACAUUCGAACUGUCAUGGUCACAGGAGACAACAUGUUGACGGCUGUCUCUGUGGCCAGAGACUGUGGGAUGAUUCUACCUCAGGAUAAAGUUAUUAUUGCUGAAGCAUUACCUCCAAAGGAUGGAAAAGUUGCCAAGAUCAAUUGGCAUUAUACAGACUCCCUGUCACAGUGUAGUGAAUCAUCAGCCAUUGACUCAGAGGCUAUUCCAAUCAAACUUGCCCAUGAUAGUUUAGAGGAUCUUGAGGUGACUCGCUAUCAUUUUGCGAUGAAUGGAAAGUCAUUUUCGGUGAUACUGGAACAUUUUCAAGAUCUUGUUCCUAAGUUGAUGUUGCAUGGUACUGUGUUUGCUCGAAUGGCACCGGAUCAGAAGACACAAUUGGUGGAGGCAUUGCAGAACGUAGACUACUUUGUUGGGAUGUGCGGUGAUGGUGCAAAUGAUUGUGGUGCUUUGAAGAGGGCACAUGGUGGCAUUUCCUUAUCUGAGCUUGAAGCUUCCGUGGCAUCUCCUUUUACUUCUAAGACACCCAGUAUCUCCUGUGUGCCAAACCUUAUCAGGGAAGGUCGUGCUGCUUUAAUGACGUCCUUCUGUGUGUUUAAAUUUAUGGCGUUAUACAGCAUCAUCCAGUACUUCAGUGUUACUCUCCUGUAUUCUAUCUUGAGUAACCUGGGAGACUUUCAGUUUCUCUUCAUUGAUCUGGCAAUCAUUUUGGUAGUAGUAUUUACAAUGAGUUUAAAUCCUGCCUGGAAAGAGCUUGUGGCACAGAGACCACCUUCAGGCCUUAUAUCUGGGGCGCUCCUCUUCUCCGUCUUGUCUCAGAUUGUGAUCUCCGUUGGAUUUCAGUCGCUGGGUUUUUUCUGGGUCAAGCAGUAUAAAGUGUGCGAUCCAAAUUCAGAUGUUUGUAAUACAACAAGAAGCGCAUGUUGGAACUCGUCACACUUAUACAAUGGGACUGAACUCGAUUCGUGUAAAAUACAAAAUUAUGAAAAUACCACAGUAUUUUUUAUCUCCAGUUUCCAGUACCUCACAGUGGCGGUUGCCUUUUCAAAAGGAAAACCAUUCAGGCAGCCUUGCUACAAGAAUUAUUUUUUUGUUAUAUCUGUGAUUAUUUUGUAUGUUUUCAUAUUAUUCAUCAUGUUGCAUCCAGUUGCCUCUGUUGACCAGGUUCUUGAGAUUAUGUGUGUACCAUACCAGUGGCGCAUAUAUAUGCUUAUCAUUGUUCUUAUCAAUGCCUUCGUGUCUAUCACGGUGGAGAGCUUCUUCCUUGACACGGUCCUUUGGAAAGUUGUAUUCAAUCGAGACAAACAAGGAGAGUGUCGUUUCAGCACCACACAGCCACCACAGGAGUCAGUGGAUCGGUGGGGAAAAUGCUGUUUGUCCUGGGCCCUGAGCUGUAGAAAGAAAACUCCAAAAGCAAAGUACAUGUACUUAGCACAGGAGCUCCGCUUUGAUCCUGAGUGGCCGCCUAAACCUCAGACAACGACGGAAGCCAAAGCUGUAGUAAAGGAGAAUGGAUCAUGUCAGAUUAUCACCAUAGCAUAACAAAGGCUGCUCUCUGUGCUAGUAGCAGUGCUCAGCAGCAUGCACUGUUGAGCUUUUCUGACGCUGUGUCAGAAUGGCACUAGUUCAGUUUAUAUCCCUCUCAUAAUAUGGCAGUUCAUUAAAAUACAAAGCAGUAAAAUGUCAUUUGCUGUACGAUUAUUAACUAUAAAUCUGGCUAUUUCUUCAUCCAGUAACCUAAAUAUGAUAUAUACUUUAUAUUGGGUAUGAGAGAUCUGUGUUUGGGUUUUAUAGAUUUUAGCUUUUGACACGUUUGCCUCUUUAAAUUUACUUUUCAUAAAUCCCCUUAUUAGAAAGUUCUUUUACAUAUAGGCCCCAAAAUUGUGAUUAUUAAAAAUAUAGUUAAUUGUGAUUAGCCUCCAGUGAAAAUAGGUUGAAAGCCUGUUUUGAUCCAGUGUUUUCUCCCAAAGAACUCUACGUUAAACAUACACCAGUUUUCUUUUAUGACCUGGAGUUAGGAGUGAGUUUGUGUGUUGUUGAUAGAGCAACUCAGGUAAUUUCCAUUUCUGGUUUUAUAUUCUCUGUAUCUCCUGCCUGGGUGUCACUUUCUAGACAGUAAGGCGCUCCACUGCUUGCUGUCUGAGAUAUCCUUCAUAGUAUUCCAUGGCUCCCAUACUGCAGUCUAGUUAAGCAAAGAACUCUCACUAGAAAGGUUUAUUUCAGCCGGGUGUGGUGGUGGUGCACGCCUUUAAUCCCAGCAUUCGGGAGGGAGGCAGGGGCAGGCGGAUUUCUAAAUUCCAGGACAGCCUGGGCUAUACAGAGAAACCCUGUCUUGAACCCCCCCCCCCCCCGCCACCCCCAAAAAAAGGUUUAUUUCUGAGCAGCCAGGCAUGAUAAGUAAAGGCCCCUAGUCCUGCACAGGAGGCUGAGGCAGGAGAAUUGUUUAGUCCUGGAAUAGAUAGUAAAAGCCUGUCUCAGAAUACACAAGCAGAGAAGGAUCGGGGUUAUGUCUCUUGGCAGUAGAUCCCAUUCAUACCUCUUCAAACCUAUUUGUUUUUUUUCUUUUGGGACUUAUAUGAUUUUAAAUAUUUCAUAUUCUCCCUCCCACUCCUACUCUCCCUCCUUCCCUCUCUCCAUCCCUUCCUCCUACCUAAAGGAAUGGAAUGAUGCUGUUUUUGUUUUGAGUUUGACCUUAACCUUGCUAUGUCUCUCCUUUGAAUAAUGGGGCUUAAAAGAAUAAUGAACAUGGAAUUUGAAUUACUUUUACAAAGCAAUAUGAACUUGUAGAGCUUGUCUUGUGCCAUUAGGUGGCACCAGAGAUCAUCACAUACCUAUUUUGUAACAAGUGAGCUUGAGAAAAUUAAGAAAAUAUAUACAUUUAUUUAGCCAAAAGGAAUGAAGAAAGCAUUUACACAUUUGUGUUUUAUCUGAUUCUGUUCAGUUCUCAAGGAACUUUCACAAUGCUUUCCUAGGUAGGACCUGGCAGUUUGGCAGUGCCUUCAGUUUAGCAUUGCUAUAAAAUGAACCCUGAAUUAGCGAAACAGUGUAACAUUAUUCUGUGUUCUUUAUUAGCUAACUACAAGUGUAUGCUUUCCACUCUGGUUGAUCAUUAGUUCCCUAGUACAUACUUAAAAGUUUACCAAAUGUUAACCAGAUUUUUGAAACCUCCCCCCCCCCCUAUUUAUUUAUUUUUUAUGUUGGAAAUACCCGAAUGAUGUUUGGUAAUUGUAGAAAAAGUAAAUGUGUCUCAGGAUCACUAUUACUGCUGUUGCCACUAGUGAUUCCUAGGAAAUACAUAAUUGACUUUUUCCAACAAAAUGUAUAUUAUUACAUGUUAGAUAAUAAGAACAAUUGUCCCGUGAAUGAUUCUAUGAAGCUAUGCAUCUUAGACCUCUUGAGCUGUGAAUUAGCACUAUUUUCUAUGGUUACUUAUUAUCUAUUGUUUUAUACUUUCUAUGUUCAUUUCAAAUAAUGUUAAUGUUAUUCAAUCAUUUUCUGAAUUGUUAACUCUUAUUCUUUGGUUUAAAUACUGAAACAUGAUUAAUUGCUAACUACAGCUUAGAAACCCAAUAUCAGUUGUACUUAACAUCUUUAAGAGCAUGAUCAUAAAGGCUAUUUUGACAGUUCAUUUUAACAUUUAGAGUUGAUAAGGGUUUAUAUCUCAUCUGUCCAUAUUGUUUGCAAAGGAACAAGGUUUUAUGUAGGUGAGAGAAAGCAUUUGUACGAAGUUAGAUUUGAACAUAGAUAAGAUAGGUUAUUCCAGUUGAGAAUAUUGUUCGAAGAAUGUCUGUGAAUGCAGACAUGGGUCCUGCUUAGUGCCAUAGGUAGACUGAGUCUUCUGUAAGUCAUCAUUACAUAGUAAUUUUGGUUCUGAAUUUUACAUUAAAUUAUUUGAAUAUAUACAGACCUAAAUUUUAAAAUCUGUACAUAUAUUAUUUUGAUGUAUUAAGAUUGAUAAUAUUGCUGAUUUAAAUUUUAUUUAUGCACAUACUUAAAGGACAGAAAUGUCUGGUAAAGUAAUUGUUAAAUAAUGAUAUGUAGCUUUUUAACUUUUUAAAUAAAUAAGAUUUUUUAAUGUGGGUCUCCCUCAGGGUUGUUUAAAGUUGUUUGUUUUCCUCCCUUACAUAUAAAUAAAUAAUGGUAACCGGUUUCUAUCUUGUAGCACCAACUGCUGUAAGGGAAUGCUGCAGACAGUGCUUGGGCGAGUGUGGCGCCAACAAGCCUGAGAUUCAAACGCUUUCCAUUUAAGCAAACCUCUUCUUGUUUUUAUACUUCAUUUUGUUUCCCAUGUUGAUGAAAGUACUGCACAGUUUCAAAGGCAUGGUAAAUAAUGUGUUUCUUUCAUAUAUAUUUUUUUCCAAAAGCAGCAAAAAUUCAUAUCCAGUGAAGAUCAACUUCAAGCUUUAGAGAACAUCUAAUAUCUCAUGCAUGCAGUUUUGUUGUAUCAAUUAAAAGGGUUUUGUAUAUUUAUGGUGGGAGGCUACUGGGAACUUUUAACAAAAUAGGGAAUUAACUUUUGUACAGUCUGGGCAUUUACAUGUAUUUUUAAUGUAUUACAAUUUGGUAAUUAUGUGCACAUGAAAUUAAUAAAAGUUACUUCCUGUUAUAAUUUGUGAAUUCCCUGAGACCGUGGAUUUUUUUUAAGUAACUUUAUAUAUCAGAAAUGACACAUCUUUAUAUUUUUAAAAUUGUAUUGCUGCUCAAGAAUGGUACCCUUUUGUCAAAAAGGUAGAUAUUCAUAAUUGUACAUUCAGCAUUGUAAAUACCAUAUGAAAUCCUUUUUGAUUAAAGCUAUUCAAAAUAAAAAAUUUUAAUGAAUUAAA